AUGCUUCCAACACUGACCAAGCGACCCUCAAUACCUUUGCGCAACUGGCUUGCACAAAAUCACGCCAACCGCGCGGCAGCAGCACAUCGCACGUUCUACUCGGAUCUGUACGAGAAUGAAGCACAUCUAUUCGACCUACACCGAGACGAGGGCCGACCGACGGUCAACUCUGCUCCGUCGAGCUUCAACGCGAGAACACAGCAGUCUUCGCGUUUCAGCACGAGUCCGCGCUCGGCUUACGAAGUGGAGCGUCAGAUGCAAAAGAAUCUCAUCAUGGAGAUCCUCCAAGCGCAGCCUUCGCUCAGAGACUCUAAAACGUACCUCAACAGCUUUGCACCGCGCAAAGCACCGCCACGCAAGCCACAAACACCAUCUCAACUCAGCAACAGCAGCAUCACAGCAUCCUCAUCGGCAUCACCCUCCACUUCGCAAGACACGCUCGAGCACCCGCCAUUCCCCAUUCCACCCAACAUUGCUCAUCCUGGUAGCCUGCACAAUCCGUCCACCACCACUUGGGACCCGCAGCACUCAAUAUCGCUUGAGAACGACCCUCAUGCCAACGUCGCUUCCACCACUGCGUCACCGCCCAACUUGCCCAAGGCCAUCCUCGACAUCUUGAACGAGCAUAAGCAGCGCUCCGCACCCGAUGCCUCUACUGACACCAACACCUCGACCACAACUGCACCACACCAUGUCACUCCUCAGGAGAGCUCGACUGUAGCUAUUCCACAGGUCACCCCUGUCUCAGAUGCAUUGGCCGACUCGCAUACCGCCCUGGUCAAGGUGCAAGGUCCCUUUACCGAUCGUCAGCUCGAUUCGAUCGCAGAAGGUCUCGUCUACCUCAAGCGUCUCGGUCUCGUCAGCGUCGUCGUUGUUGAUCAGGAUGAUUGGCCAGAGAUCUCGGCCGACAUUGAUCGCAAUGGUCAGCUGGUAGUUGGCAGGGACGAGCUCGAAGACCAACGCAUGGGCGACUGGCUGGCUGCUCAUCCCUUGCCUGCUUCUGCGAUCAAAGGCAAGCAAAAGGCCAAUGAGCCGUGUCGGUCCAGCUUGCUCGGUCGUAAGCAGGAACGCCUGCGCAAACGCAUCAUGGCAGAAACCUUGCGCCUCGCAGACAGUCUCAAUCGCAAAGGCGCCAUGGCUAGGCCCUUCCCGCAGGCCAUUGUCAAAGUCGACGCCCACACUGCUGCCCAAGUCGAGGCACAGGCACGAGAGUUCCAGCAUACACAGACCUCCGGUGCUGCUCAGCCAGGCGAUGCCGUCGUAGCUGGGUCGUCGCCCACCUCGCCCACCAUACAUUACGGCAGUGGCGGCGAGCAGCGCCUUCGUCCACCGCUGGUGUCCGAUGACAACCUCUCGUCGAUCAGAUCGGCGCUCGCAUCCAAUCAGAUCCCUGUGCUCGCUCCCUAUGCUCUCUUCGAGAACGAAAAGGACGGCACACUCGAGACGCUCUGUGUGCGCGCCGACGACGUCAUGGUGGCUCUGGCCCGCGACAUGGUGGUAGCCGCCAACCGAUCGCUUGAGGAACAACAGGCAGCUGACGUCUCAGCCUCGUCGUCUUCGUCAACAGCCAACGCCGACCCGCUCGCCGAAUUGAUGGGCGGAGGGGUCGACAUGAUGCCAUUGCGGCUCAUGGUCAUCAACCGGGAAGGCGGCAUUCCAUCCCACGCUCGUGGGGGUGAUCCUCAUUUGUCCAUCAACUUGGCGUCCGAAUACCACCAGAUCAAGCAGUCCUUCGUUUGGGACCACACGCAUCCCACCGCGCUACGCAACCUUGACGCUAUUUCGGACUGCCUCUCGUACAUGCCUCAGACCUCGUCCGGUGUCUUGGUCACACACCGUUCACCCCGCUCGCUCAUCGCCAACCUGAUCACCAACAAGGCGGCACACAGCCCUUCGUUGCCCCAUCGGCUGCUCGCCAACAAGCAGGACGUGCGUCACACGCCCACCAUCGUUCGUCCCGGUCUUCCUAUCAAAGUGAUCCAGGAGUUUGACAAGAUCGAUCUGGACAAGAUGACGGCCUUGCUUGAAGCCUCGUUCCGACGCAAGCUCAACCAGCAAGGCUACUACGACAGGCUGCGCGAGUCACUCGACUUUGUCAUUGUCACCGGCGACUAUCAGGGCGCGGCGAUCGUCACCAAGGAGUAUGCGCCGGACGACGACCGCACUGCCGUCGAGCCCAUUGCAUACCUCGACAAGUUUGCCGUGCUUCCGUCUUUGCAAGGCUCGGGUACCGUUGAUUUCCUGUGGGGAGCGCUGCGUGACGAAGUGCAAGGUCUCGGUCUGCUGGAUGCGCUCAACGAUAACGGAGGCAGAGGAGGCUACGGCAAGGGCCGCGAUCUGGUGUGGAAGUCACGCUCCAACAAUCCAGUCAAUCGGUGGUACUACGAGCGCUCCAAUGGCUUUGUUCGCAUCGACACGGAUGUCAAGGGUACGGGCUGGCAGCUGUUCUGGUGCGACGCCGAGGACAAGCUGGCGCGUCUGUCGGGUGAGCGUCGACUCUCGGCGUCUGCAUCCAACUUGGAGGAGGCAGCCGCCAUGGCCCACGACGAUAUCGAGCUGGGACACGCAUUCGACGACGAGUCGGUCUCGCCUUCCGUCGAACGCGAACGCUGGACCGGCACCGCUUCGUCGGACCAAACGGGCAUCGAAGCGUACGAACGCAGUCGACGUCUUUCCAAGCCCACGUUUGACUCGCACCUCCAUCGUGGCAGCAUGGCAAGUCUCGGAGGCGGCAAUGGCGGCGGUCGCAGCGAUUUGACGCUGCUUCCCAUCGUUGCACCCGAGGAAGGAGGCAGGCUGUUGCGGUGGGCCAAGUGCAUGAAGACGAUCCAAGGCGCUUGGGCCGACUAA